AAAAAAAGCAAUUACGUUUUUAUCCGAAAGUAUGACUAUUAAAAUGAUAAGAGAAGAUAAUUAUGCAUUAUUAUUUUGUGUUAUAGCAUUUUUAUUAGCUGAUCAAGGAUAUGAUGUAUGGGUUGGAAAUAUCAGGGGAAAUUCUUAUUGCAGAUCACAUGUAAAACUGUCUCCACGAAAUAGAGACUUUUGGCAAUUUAGCUAUCACGAGAUAGGAACUAGAGAUCUACCAUCUAUGAUCGAUUACGUACUCAGUCACACAAAACAAAAGACUUUACGCUACGUCGGUCAUUCGAUGGGAACUACCGUAUUAUUUGUUUUACUAUCUAUGAAACCCGAAUACAAUGCAAAAAUAAAAUUAGGUAUUCUUCUUGCUCCGGUAGCCUAUUGGAAAGAAUUAUCUCCCGCAAUGGAACAUAUUCGUCCUAAAAUACCAAAGUUUAAGGAAUUUCUCGAUUUCAACGAAAUAUAUGAAUUAGGUUCCUUAUCAUCAACAACCAUCACGAUUGGAAGAACACUGUGCAGAGAUGGAGCAAUUACCCAACCUAUCUGCAUUGCAAUAUUAUUUCUCUUCUCCGGAUCCGGUCCAGCACAACUUAACACUACAGUAUUACCGGAAAUAUUAUCGUAUUAUCCGAGCGGCGCUUCCGUGAACACGGCAUAUCAUCUUUACCAAAAUAUAAUUACACAGAAAUUUCAAACCUUUGAUUAUGGAUACUUCGGUAAUUACAAGCACUACGGGCAACCAACACCCCUACCGUAUAAUCUUGAAAAAGUUACUGCGCCCUUGGCUUUAUUUUACGGCGCUAAUGAUUUACUUGCUUUAAAAACGAAUGUCCUCGAGACAUAUAAGCAUCUGCAGCCGAACGUUAUUCUGCUGGAGGAAAAUCCGUAUAAAAUGUUGACUCAUUUCGAUUUCCUAUGGGCCAUUGAUGCAAAAGCUCUUGUAUUCGACCGUAUAAUACAAGUAUUUCAGGACUUUGAUAUGUGGCGGGCAUGGACAAACGAUGAAUUAUAUAUCUGAUACUUUCUUGUUAAAAAAAUUUAUUUACUUUCAGAUUAAGUAUAAAGAUACCUAUCUCGAUAGAAAAACUAAUAAUAUUAAAUUACUGGCCAGAAAAUGCUACAAAUUAAUUUUUUUCAACAUAAUUCAACAUAAUAACUACUCUUACUUUAUUAUGUAAAAUUCUAACAUGUAUAUAUCGACUGAAUAUAUUAUUAUUACUAAUAA